AUGUUCUCGCCGGCGCAAGGAUGCGCCGCGACUCCUUCCGCGAUUCCCCCCUCUGACUGGGCUCUGAAUCCCGACCCUCCGGCAGUAGAUUGUGCCGUCUCUUCGGCAUCGCCGAUUUUCUCUUCGUUUCAAACCAACCUCGAGAUUGCUCCAGAAGGACUAGCUCACGCCGUUGCAUGCUCGGAAGGGAUCCACCUGGAGUCUUAUCCGCCAGCUCAGGCGGUUCCUUCUGGGUCUUCGGGCCACGUCAGCAGCGCGGCGUCGGGACUUGACUGGGAUCAGGUGCGACAUCUGCUGGCGGACGGAGAGGAGGCGGAGGAGAAGGGGAAUGGAUUUGACAGGAUGAGUAGAUUCGAGAAACACGCUGAAGUUGAUGAACGAAUAGGGUGGGGAAGGGGUGGCGGAGGGGAAAAGGAGGAGAAGGUCGCUCAGUUAAGAUCCGCUCUGCCCGUUGGAGAUGAGUUAGUUGUCGCACCUCCUGUCGCUUCCGCUGUCGUUCCCCCUCCCGCUUCCGCUUCCCCCUCCCCGCUGUCUGCUGUCGCGGCGGAGGGCGAGCCGAUCUUCCUCCCUGCUUGCCCGGACGGCUGCGAUUGCGCAGGCUGCCAGCUGUUGCAUUUUCAUUGGCUCGACCGGUUCUCCCCCGCACCCUAUUCUGGGAUUGGGGAGGGCGGCGGAUGGGUUGCGCGGAAAGGGGACGACGCGGAGAGGAGCGGAACGGGUGGCGCAGAAGUGCUGUUGCGGAGGGACGCGACGGGCGCAGGAGCAGAGGCGGGCGGAGGAAUAGCGAUGAGCGGAGGAACGGGGGAAGGCGGAGGAGCGGAGGAGCAGGGGGCGCCUCCUUUCGCACCUCAUUUCUCCGCCUCUUCGUUUCCGCCAUCGUUUCCGCCAUCGUUUCCGCCAUCGUUUGCGCCAUCGUUUGCGCCCUCCUUCACGCCAUCGUUUACACCGUCGUUCACGCCUGCGACCGCCGCCUCGUGCCCGCCUCCCUCCGCGCGACUCCCUGGCCUCGCCUCCCCGAGUCCUCCUCGCAAGCGACCGCUGCUGCUCGCCCCGCCUGUCGCCGCUGCGACGCUGAGCGCCACACGUGGCAGCACACGUGGCGUUACGACUGAGUUGACCACCACACAGUACGUUGCUGGCGAAGAGAGCUUCGCUGGGAGCAUUGGUGUGAGCAUCGGUGGAAGCACCGGUGUCAAGGCAACUAGCACUGCUGUUAAGACGACCAGCAAAAUCGCGUCUGCCGCCCAAAACAGCAGCUUUCCUGGCGCUCGCCGCCCGGCCGACAUGUCCUCCAGGCUGGCACAGCUGCUGGAGGAAAUCAAAUCUCCAGGCCGGGCGGCAGCAGCCAACGCCGCCGUGUCAGCCGCAAAUACAGUCGGGAUGUGCCAGAUGGGGGGAAUGGGCCAGAUGGGGGGAAUGGGCCAGAUGGCGCAGAUGGGGCUUGAUGCAUCUGCGCUUGAGCGCAUGGGGGUGAAUCCGGGCAUGCUGGCGGGCAUGGGGGUGGAUGCGGGCGUGUUGAGGGGCAUGGGCGUGGACAUGGGCAUGUUGCAAGCCAUGGGGGUGGAUGCUGCCAUGCUGCACAAUCUAGGGUUCACUCCUGAAACAUUAGAACAGCUAGGCUUGGGGGGCGCGGCUAGCGGUUGUGCUGGUAGUGGUGGUGGUGAUGGCGGUGGCGCUGCUGCUGGUGCUGCUGAUGCUGCUAGUACGCGCCCUGGUUGCUCUGCUGACGCUUCUGGUGGCGAUGGGGAGUGGAGGGGCGAGGACGGGAGGGACGAGGAGGAAGAGAUGGAGCAGGGGGAGGAGGAGGAGAGAGGGGGGAGUGGAAGGGGAGGAGGGGAGGAGGAGGAGGUGUCGAUGGCAGUGGUGCUGCAGAGGCUGGAAGAGCUGGCAGAGGCCUCCGCAGCACGUGAUGAGACCCUUUCCCGGCAGCUGCUGCCCCACCUGCGCCCACUGGUGAGCGAGCGCGGAACUGCAGCACAACGAGUAGCAGCGCACUUCACCCAGGCGCUCGCAGCCCGGCAGGCGGGGUGCGGGGCAGAGCAGUACAACCGCGGGCUCAACGCGUCCUCCCAGGAGAUAGUGGCCUCCAUGGAGCGCUGCUUCGCCAUGUUCCCACGAACCCUCUCGCGUCGCCUGCUGCCCCACCUGCGCCCACUGGUCAACGAGCGUGGAACGGCAGCGCAGAGAGUAGCAGCGCACUUCACCCAGGCGCUGGCAGCCAGGCAGGCGGGGUGCGGGGCAGAGCAGUACAAUCGCGGGCUCAACGCGUCCUCCCAGGAGAUCGCAGCCUCCAUGGAGCGCUGCUUCGCCUCGCUGCCCUAUCUGGACUUCUGCCACGUGGCGGCUAUGCGGCCUGUGCUGGCGGCAGUGAACGGCAGCCGUCGGAUCCACAUCAUCGUGUUUGGGUUCUGGAUGGGGCGGUACUGGCUGGAGCUGCUGCAGGCCCUAGCUGCUUUCCCAGGCAGCCCUCCCUCCCUGCGAGUAACAGGCAUCGACGUCACAUGCAGGAACGAAUUGACGGAUUCCAAGUCCUCUGCUGCUUUCUCCGGCCGCCUGCUCUCCCGCGCUGCCGCUGCUCUCGCCAUCCCCUUCCGCUUCAAAGCUGUUGUUCUCCCUGUCGGCCCCGCUGCUGCCUCCAUGCCGCUCGAGGGGAAGGGAGGGGGUGGCGGAGGGGGAAUGGGGGCCGGGGGGAGCGGGGGAGGAUUCGGGGGGAGUGGGGGAGGGGUUGGGGGAGGGUUCGGGGGGGCGAUGGGGAUGCGGUCGGUGGUGGGGGGGUUGGAGGAGGAGGUGGAGGUGGAGGAGGGGGAGGCCACGGUGGUGCAGUGCAACAUGAGUCUGCUCUUUCUGGCAGAUGACUCGGUGCUUCGGGCCAACCCACGCGACACACUGCUCAGGUGGAUCCGCUCCCUCUCGCCACUCACCACUGUGGUGGUCGAGAUGGACGCGCCACUCAACUCGCCCUUUUUCCUCCCGCGCUUCCGCGCCGCCCUCCGUGUCUUCUCCUCCAUCUUCGCCUCUCUUGAUGCCGCCCUGCCACGGGAUAGCCCGCACCGGCACACGUGUGAGCGCCUCUAUUUCGCACGCGACAUUGUGAAUGUCGUGGCCUUAUGA